AUGUCUGACGGAAAGGAUGAACUUGUGAACCGCGCCAAGCUCGCUGAGCAGGCUGAACGCUACGAUGAUAUGGCAUCAUCGAUGAAGAAGGUCACCGAACUCGGUGCCGAGCUCUCGAACGAGGAGCGCAACUUGCUCUCGGUUGCCUACAAGAACGUCGUUGGAGCUCGCCGCUCCUCAUGGCGCGUCAUCUCGUCGAUCGAGCAAAAGACGGAGGGCUCGGAGAAGAAACAACAAAUGGCGAAAGAGUACCGCGAGAAGGUCGAGAAGGAACUUCGCGACAUCUGCCAGGAUGUCUUGAACCUCUUGGACAAGUUCCUCAUCCCGAAGGCGGGAGCUGCCGAGUCGAAGGUCUUCUACCUCAAGAUGAAGGGAGACUACUACCGCUACUUGGCUGAGGUCGCUUCGGGAGACGACAGAAGCUCGGUCGUCGAUAAGUCGCAACAAAGCUACCAGGAGGCGUUCGACAUCGCCAAGGAAAAGAUGCAACCGACGCAUCCAAUCCGUUUGGGACUCGCUCUCAACUUCUCUGUCUUCUACUACGAGAUCUUGAACGCCCCGGACAAGGCGUGCCAACUCGCCAAACAGGCGUUCGAUGACGCUAUUGCUGAGCUCGACACAUUGAACGAGGACUCGUACAAGGACUCGACUCUCAUCAUGCAGCUUCUUCGCGACAACUUGACUUUGUGGACUUCGGAUGCCGCUGCUGACGACAACGACGCCAACGAGCCAGAAGGCCAGAACUAA